GACAAGCAAACAUUCCGCUGGCUAGCUCUAGUAUUUUAGGCACAGACUCAUGCAACGCAAAUUGUCUUUCAGAGCCUUGUCAGUUAAUCGUUUCGGCCUGUUUUUGUGGUGUACCUUCACUGGGGAAUAAUGCUGAAAAAGAAACCUUUGCACCCAGGCACAGACUUCUAAGCUAUUCUUUGGAACAAGUUGUCGUCUGAAACAAGAUGGCCGCCGGAAAAUUGGUCUGUGUUCAGGACUACGAAGACUAUGCGCGGAAGCAUCUGUCGAAAAGCGCCUGGGACUAUUUUUCCUCAGGUGCCGACGACGAACUGACGCUGAGAGAAAAUCAAGCCGCCUUUCGACGUAUCCGGCUACGACCACGGCUUCUACGUGAUGUGUCGACGAGGGACCUAACCACUACGAUACUGGGGGAGAAGGUAGACAUGCCCAUCGGUAUCAGCCCCACCGGCCUACAUGGACUCGCCUGGCAAGAUGGGUCUCUAUGUAUGAUGAAAGCCGCUGCUUCUAUGAACGUCUGUAUGACGCUACCGACGUUCGCAACGUCGACGCCCAAAGAGUUGGUUGACGUCGCGCCGUCGGCCCUUAAGUGGUUCCAGUUGUACGUCACGCCCGAGAGGGAAUUCAUGAAACGCCUAAUACAGCAUGUAGAGACACUUGGCUACAAGGCACUGGUCAUCACCAUAGAUGUUCCUUUCACGGGUAACAGACGACCCAUGACACGGGACGGUUUCAAAGUGCCUCCACAUCUCAAGGUGUCCAAUUUUCCAGAGGAACUAAGGAGAAAGUACGCCUUUCCGGCCAAUGCAACCGACGAAUCACUGUCGUGGAAAGACAUCAAGUGGUUCCAGUCCGUGACCAGCAUGCCUAUCGUGUUGAAGGGCAUCAUGACGUCAGAGGACGCGGAGCUGGCGGUCCAACAUGGCGUCCAGGCUGUCUGGGUGUCGAACCACGGAGGCAGGCAGCUGGAUAGUGUACCUGCCGCGAUUGAGGUUCUACCAGAAGUAGUCCGAGCGGUCCGGGGCCGUGUGGAGGUGUACAUGGACGGAGGGGUCAGACAGGGCACUGACGUCAUGAAGGCUCUGGCUCUAGGGGCUCGGGCUGUGUUCCUGGGGAGGCCGCCAAUUUGGGGACUGGCGCACAGCGGGGAAGAAGGUGUCCGCCAUGUUCUACAGAUUCUAAAAGACGAGCUAAGUCUUGCCAUGGCUCUGUCAGGUGGGUCCAAUAUCGUACUUAUGCCUUUUGGUCGAACUUUUGAUUCUUCACCAAAGAAAAUGUUUAAAAUUAAUGCAUUCUUCCUUUUUUUCAGGCUGUAAGGAAAUCAAGGACAUCAAUCGAUCUCUUCUACAGCAUCAGAAUGAGCAGGCCAAAUUGUAGGACUCAGAAAAUUCAGAUCCAAACUGCAGGUAUAGCGGUUGGAUGCGGUCAGUCAGAAAGUUGUUAGUGAUGCUAAACAAAAUGGCGGCAAGAUUCAAUUGUGUCUGAAUGAAAAAUGCAAUGAAAUCCAAAUUACAAUCCUGUUUCUAGAUGACAGGUGCUGAACAAUCUAUAAUCUCAUAGAUCCUCAUAUAAACUAAAUCUAUAUUUAAAUAUUAUUGAUACUUGUUCUUUGUGCAAUAAAACUAAUACAAUGUAAUUGUAAAUGUGGAGGUUAUGUAUUUGCAAAGCAGAAUUUAUAAAAACAUUGCAAUUAAAUACUUCAUGACAAUGGCAUUUAUUGUCGAGUUUAAAGUGACACAUUGUUGGCUUUGUGGCUUCUUGGUAAGAAUCGUGCAUCAAAAGUAAAUUAUACAUUUAGUACCUCUAAUCUGAAUGCAUUUGGACUGUCGACAAAAACUUCCUCUUCCAUGCUUCAAAACAUCAUAAAUCGAAAAUCAAAUUAUCGUGAUACAUUUUAAAACAAAAGUUGCAUUUUCUUUGUAGUGAUACCGCUUGCAUUGGACAUUACUUCAAAUGGUUUGAAUGAGACACUUUCUUUAGAGGCAUAUCUUUCAAUGUAGCAAGGGACAAACCUUCUAUCUUCAUCUUAAAACAUUCUCUUUGGUGUUUGGUGUUUUACAGUACUAAGUACUUCUUAAAUGUUACAAAAACUAAAAUAAUUUCCAGGGAUUGUGGAAAUAUGUGGCCUAUCGGCUUGAAUGCUCAUUUUACUUGAAUUUCAAUGGCCUUUUGGCAAAUAUGUAACACAUUUUACAUAAAUGCUAUCUCAGGACGAAGAUGAUAAAACAUCUUAGUUGUACAGUACUGCGUCCGUUUAUGAUAUUCUUUUACAAGUUCCCUUUCAUUCGGACACCGAGCAAAGUAAAGAAUGUGUGAUUUGUUGUAAAAA